GUUGACUGUGGGUUGUUUGUGCAAACACAGCAACCUCCAUAUCUAUUCUCCAUAUGAGUUUAAGCAAGGGAAGAAGAAAAACAGUUUUCAGGUUGCGAUCAUUGAAAAGUCCCUGCCCAUCUGGUGGUUGCAUAACUCCCUCUCCAGCUGUAGUAUUUUAGCAGCAAGUCCAAGCGAGUUUCUCUGACUCAAGUCCUGCAGCUCCUGUUGCUUUCAACUUUUUUGUGACUCUGUCAUAGUUGCAGAAAUGUCCACCGCUGGUAAGGUCAUCAAGUGCAAGGCAGCAGUGGCCUGGGAGCCAAACAAGCCUGUGGUGAUUGAGGAGAUUGAGGUAGCCCCACCUCAGGCCAAUGAGGUCCGGAUCAAGAUCGUUGCAACUGGAGUGUGCCACACUGACCUGUACCACCUUUUUGAGGGUAUGCACAAAGAUGGCUUCCCAGCAGUGCUUGGACACGAGGGAGCCGGCAUAGUAGAGAGCGUUGGCCCCGGCGUUACUGAAUUUCAGCCAGGAGACAAGGUGAUCCCUCUGUUCAUCUCCCAGUGUCGGGAAUGUCGCUUCUGUAAGAAUCCUAAGACCAAUCAGUGUGUAAAUGGGUGGGCUGCUGAUAGUCAUGAUGUGAUGGCUUUAGCAGAAUCCAGGUUCACCUGUAAGGGGAAGAAGGUGCUGCAGUUUUUGGGGACCAGCACCUUCUCUGAGUACACUGUGAUGAACCAGAUGGCUGUGGCUAAGAUCGACCCUGCUGCUCCUCUGGAUAAAGUCUGCCUCCUUGGGUGUGGGGUAUGCACUGGAUAUGGGGCAGCUGUUAAUACUGCUAAGGUUGAGCCGGGCUCCACCUGUGCCGUGUUUGGUCUGGGAGCUGUGGGUUUGGCUGCAGUCAUGGGAUGCAAGGCUGCAGGAGCCAAAAGGAUUAUUGCCGUUGACAUCAACCCAGACAAGUUUGAGAAGGCCAAAGUGUUUGGAGCCACGGAGUUUGUGAACCCAAAGGAUCACAACAAACCCAUCAGUGAAGUUUUGGCUGAGAUGACAAACGGAGGUGUGGACUACUCCCUGGAAUGUGUCGGGAACGUGGCAGUCAUGCGCAGUGCCUUGGAGUCUUGUAUCAAAGGCUGGGGUGUCAGCGUGCUGGUUGGCUGGACUGAUGUCCACGACUUUGCAGCCCGACCCAUUCAGCUCAUUGCUGGACGUACAUGGAAGGGUUCUUUGUUUGGAGGAUUUAAGAGUAAGGAUGGCGUCCCUGAGAUGGUUAAAGCCUACCUGAACAAGAAGGUGAAGCUGGAUGAGUUCAUCACUCAUAAAAUGACUUUGGACCAGGUCAACGAUGCCAUUGAACUGAUGAAGCACGGCAAAUGCAUCCGGACAGUUCUGAGUGUUUCUCCACAGUAAGACCACUUCAUUCCUCAGUAAUCUGAAGCCAUGCUCUACAGUGAACACCAUUCAGCAGAUUAUGUGCAGAUUGUGUUUGUAAGAAUUAUCAUCAGUGUUCACACGAUCAAAAUCUGAGGAGUGUUUGUGCAGCAAAAUAAAUGGU